CUUCACUAAAUCCAUAUCUCUCCCUUCCCUUCCACUCAAAGCACCACCACACCCCACCCUUUCAUAUACUCAUUAAUACCCAUCCCCUCCUCCAUCCUCAAUUCCCAAACCCCGCCGACAUGUCGGACCUUCAACAGCAGCAGCAGCAGCCGGCUUUGGUUUAUCCCAACACUGCUGCCGUUGGCAGCCAACCUCCUCCUUCCCACCACUCCAACGGCUCAUUCGGGGCAGUUUUUAUAGUUCUUGCCGUUAUUCUUGUCAUAUCCACUGUUGCUUGCCUCCUUGGCCGACUCUGCAACCGGCGAGCUGAAAACCAGAGGGCGAAGCCGGAGAAAACUCACGGCGGCGCUCGUCCCAGAGGGAAAGAACCCAAAUUGCAUCCUGACAAAGAAGGAGACAUCGAAUUUGGAUUGGAUUUGAGAAACCCAAAUGGGAAAGGCAAAGCCCCAUCUGGUGGAAAUGGAGGAACCAAAGGCAACGGCCAUGGGCCUAAUGGGCCUAAUGGCCAUAGCCAUGGGUUCAAACCCUUUGAAAAUGGCGGCGAAAUGAGAGGCCAAAUCAAGCACGCGGAUGAUGAUCAUCAUGAAGGGGAUUUCAAGUUCAAAGCAGCAGCUCAUCCCGUUUGAUGGUUCAAUCACAAGUCUGUGACGCCGUUUGAAUUCCGAGUAGAAAUGUAAAUGAAUUGAAAUCUAAUGGGUGGCAUAUCUUCAAGCUUACGCCGUCUUGAAUUCAGAGAUGUUCUUGUUCUUCCGUGUUUUAAUGUAACCAAACAAAUAAUGGGUUUGGAAUAAAGGCAGAGAAUACGAAUUCGAA